AGUGGGCCCCUAAACACGUUGGUCUGGCCCCCGGGUGGCGGCGCCGUCGCCAUGGUAACCGCGGGUGGCGGCCUCAGCGCCGGCUCAGGGCUGCAUUGUUAUGGGAAGGGAAUGUGUUAGUGACCUGGGCUGGACUCACAGUAGCAAAAUGGCCGGGUCUCCGGCUCCCCCGCCCUGGCCACAAAACAAAGCGCUCCCAUUCCCUGUGAUUUGGGGGCCGCGGGUGCCGGCAGCCAUCCAGAGCUUGGUCGGGUCACCGGAGGGACCCGUGGUGGAACCGGCCCUGAGGCUUUGGGAUUCCGUCGAAGCUUUCAGCAGGCUGACUGAAUAAAGAGCAAGGUUGGAGUGGGAAAAGAGAGGAAACUUGUUGUUUGUCAGUUUACAAGAGGUUGGACAAUGGACUCUAUCAAGAAGAUGGACACCAUCAAUGUCACUGCCUUGCCAAUGAUAGCAGUGGAUGAGCGCAUGGUGAUCUCGGUCAAUGUGCGGAAAGCACUGCAGAGUGUUCUGAGGAAGCAGUUGCGAGACCACCCACCCACAUGCAUUGUUGGCUCCUUGAGCGAGGUGAACAAGAAGAUUACUGAAAUAGACCUGGGCCCCAGUAUGUUGGCCAGCACCUCGGCAAUUGAGGAAUAUGAGUUGGAGAAGAUGUCUUUAAAAGAGAAAACUCACGGCAGCCUGGGAGACAGAGUCAAGCGACCAAAGGAAGAGUCACCGUGCAAAGGCUCAGAGCUCCGGAAUGCCAAGUUGAUCAUGACAAAACGGAAAACAGCAGAAAAGAAUCUGCUGGCAGAGCUAUAUCAACAUCCAGAGUUUGAUGAAACUAAGCCCACCAAGCUGCCCAAUGGUGUGGACUUCUGUGACAUGGUGGGCAAUGUGAUCCGGUCUGAGAAAAACCCUCUUAGUGGCAAAUCUUACUGUUCAGACAGAGAAUUAGAGAAGUUCCUGUCUUCUCCCUUCUUCAGCGCCAUGUGGCUGGACAGCUUUUGGUGGAUAUUUCAUGAACGGUACCAGCCAAAAAAGGAGAUCCAGAACAAGCUGUUUGACCGAAUAGCUCUAAAUUACGCCUUCCUGUUGUUCAAAACAGUCCGGUCCCACUAUGUAGAGGCACUCAUAAAAAGGCUCCCAUCACUUCUGAGCAAAGCCCUGUACACCAGCUUCUGCUGCUGCUUUCCCCAGUCCUGGUUCAAUACCCAUGAAUUCAAGUCAGCAAUUUGUGACACCAUGGAGCUGUGGGUCUCAGGGACAUAUCCCUGUCCACAGAGCUAUGACAGUUGGGACUACUCAGAACUGGAUCCAGAGAGGUUCCGGAGAGAAGAAAUGUUGCAGAGCAGUCGACUUAUAAGGGGAAGAGAGUUCUCCCUCUUCACUUGUAAGAAAAACUCUAUCCAGAAGGUGGAACAGAACAAACACAAGAAAUUCCUUCCCAGUCAGUCUUCUAGUUUAUAUGCAUCCCAGGAGAGAGACUUUUCAAGGGGGCUGACAUCAGAGGAAAGCACAGGAUACCAACACACCAUGAAAGGUAAGCAGGCUGCUAUGGAGAGCAAUGCCAUUUGGCUUCUCAGUUAUUUACCCCUGAAGCCCUGCUGCAUGGAUCCAUCUAAACAGACUUGCUUUGCCCUUGGGUUUGACCUGGGUCUUGGCACCAAGCAAUGGCUAGGAGAGGGUGCAUUGUUGUUUCAGUUACACAAGCACCUCAAGUGCACAAGACAUUCCCCAUGAUAAAGAGCCCUCUGGUCAAGUGUCAAGAGUGACUUGACUACCAGCCCUGGUCAUUACCGGCAUCACAGGAUGCUGCUCCACACUGCUGUCCUUAGCACCGGGGGAGUUCCCUAGGGUUCUGGGGACCUUUAGUCAGUCUAAAUUAGAACUCAUUGCUUCAGUGCUGAAAAGAAUUCAAGGCCCAUCACUAUAGCUAAGCAGAGGUAGAGAUUUUAUUAAACACACACACACACACACACACACACACACACACACACACACACACACACACGACUAUUUUAUUUUUAUUUAUGUGUGUUUGCCACAUAAGUGCAGAUGCCCUCAGAGUCCCAGAAGAGAGCAUCAGGUGCCCUGGAGCUCAAGUUCCAGACAGUUGUGAGCCCCCGUAGAAAAGGACUGGGAACCAAACUCUGGUCCUCUGGGAAGCAGCCAACACUCUUAACCACCGAGUAAUCUCUCCAGCCACUGAAGAUAUUUUAACAUAGGUUUAAGCACAAGGAUCAGGAGAAAGGAAGGACUCAGAAGAAAAUGAAGUACACCUGAGAGCAUGAGUGUAGGCUUCUCUAAGUGUUCUACUAGGCCUUUUCUUUUAGCCUACCAACCAGCUCCCAAAUCAUGACAUGGAGACUUCUGAUUAGUUUUGGAUACUCAACCUAACUUAGGCUAUUUCUGUCUAGCUCUUUUAACUUAAAUUAACCUGUUUCUCUUUAUCUGCAU